UGGCGCCGCCUGCCCCGCCCGGCCCGGCCCCCGCGGCGCGGAGGAAGGCAACGGCAGCGCCGGAGCCGGCUGUCAGCCCUGUCAGAGCCGCGGCGGACGGCAGAGCUACCCCCCGCGCCAUGGAGCCGCAGGCACAGGGCCUGUUGGAAACCCAGUCUUUGCAUGAAGCAGAUGAAGAUGUGGUCACUGAUGUUGAUUUCACCAACAUGAUUUCUGAAGAAGAAAAAGAAGAGUUAAAGAUUGAACUAGCCAAGCUAGAGGAUGAAAUUUCAACUUUGCGGCAAGUGCUAUCAGCCAAAGAAAAGCACCUGGUUGAAAUUAAACAAAAGCUUGGCAUAAGUCUGAUGAAUGAACUGAAGCAGAACUUUAGCAAAAGCUGGCAUGAUAUGCAAACAACUUCUGCUUACAAGAAAACGCAUGAGACACUGAGCCAUGCAGGACAAAAAGCAACAGCAGCUAUCAGCAAUGUAGGAACUGCUAUCAGCAAGAAGUUCGGAGAUAUGAGGUAUAGGGAUCUGCUGCUUCUCUGGUCUUAUUUUGAGGACAAAAAAUCGCAUUCAAUUGGCUACUCUAUUCGCCAUUCCAUAAGCAUGCCUGCGAUGAGGAAUUCUCCAACUUUCAAAUCGUUUGAGGAGAAGGUUGAGACCACUGUCACAAGCCUUAAGACCAAGGUUGGUGGGACAAGCCACACAGGGGGCAGUUUUGAAGAAGUUCUCAGCUCUACGGCCCACGCCAGCGCUCAGAGCUCUCUUGCUGGCACCCGACUCCCUGAGAGUGAAGAAGAGCUUCAGUGUUAGACCACAGGCCUUCCUGAGCCUCACCCGCCUCUCUUCAGAGACUGAUGAUCAGCCAGUGAUUUUUAGACCUCCCUCGCCACCCAACUUGUGCAACAAGGUCUUGUCAGCUUUGGAAAAUUGCUUCCCUGGCCUUGUGCUGGGGAAAUGUUGUCUCUAUUUGUAUUUUGGAUGGGCCAUUUUAUCAU